CGAAGCCAGUCGUUCGGCUACCAAACACGCUUUAACCGCCGACGUGAAAACAUAACGAAGAAAAGUGUCAGUAUCGGAUGUUGUUAAGUGUUGAUGACUGUUAUCAGUGAGUGAUAUGGAGGAUAAUCAACACUUGGCUGAGGAAUACGUACAGGAAUUCGUCCUGGAUCAUUUAGAAGAUAUAACAGUGAAAAGAGAAGAUAAAAGACAAAUUAUUGAGGAAAAUACCGGUUGGAUACCUCACGAUGAUACAUCCAGAACGUUAUGUAGAAGUCAAUGGGAAGAUAGAAGGAUACCAUCACCAUCUCAAGAUUCUAUUUAUAUUCAACAACCGGUUUUAGUUAAUAUGACUUUAAUGAACGAUCCCGGUACGCCUCCGGAUACACCGCCUAAUCAUUCGCCUUUAGUUUGUAGACCACCAGGUAUUAUGGACGAAAUGAUGUGGUUUCCUACUAAUAUCCGAGCGGAACCUCAACCUUUAGACCUCCGACCUCUUCAUUGCAUGGGCGGCGAACCAGAUUGGGAACGAAGAGAAUACAUUCCAUCGGGUACGAUCACGGAAACGCCGAAUCAUCAUUAUAGUUUACACCAUCAAAGACCACAAUCGGUUUGUUCGGGUGCUAGUGCUUUAUCUCCACGAAUGAAUACCCAUAACAGUGGUUACUCCACUUGUUCCGAAGAUAUCAGUUUGAACGAUGAACUAUUGAUGAAUCUGUCGGUAAGAGAAUUGAAUAAAAGAUUACACGGUUGUCCUAGGGAGGAGAUAGUGAGGCUGAAGCAAAAAAGACGAACGUUAAAAAAUCGGGGAUACGCACAAAAUUGUCGAUCGAAAAGGUUGCAGCAACGACAAGACCUCGAACAAACCAACAGAAGUCUGCAGCACGAAAUCCACAGGCUGAAGAGCGAGCUGGCUAGAGUUUCCCAAGAAAGAGAUUUAUAUAAACAAAAACUACAACUCGGUAGACCGCCUCAUUUAAACGGCAGUCUCAAUUCGGAUGGACAGAGUUCCCCGGAGUUUUAUCUAUGACAUCAUUUUCCCGGUCGGAGACAUCAGUGAUUUUCGACCACUCGGUAUAUUAAAAAUGACAUUACCGGACGUAUUGUGAGUUGUACAAAGUUGGACUAAAAAGUUAUUUGCACAAUUUUUAAUUUGAAAGACUGUUCUCUACAGAGGUUAAUGCGUUAUUUUUUCGUCUCUGUUAUUCAAACACUUAAAGUGCAUGGCAUAUCUUUUUUUAUUAAUCGUUUUUUCAUUUUUAUAAUCUAUUUUUAUAUAAAAAAAAUUGACGGUUGUAAUAUGGAUAAUAUAUAAAAUAUGUUACCUUAUUGUAAAUAAAUUUACUUAGUUACAUAAGUAAAUUCUGUUUUAGAUUCAGU